GCCGAGCCAACAUGGCGGACGUGGGCUGCGAGUUUGACGAUUCUGUAUUCGAGGAGUUCCGGGCGAGGAAGGCGGCGCGGGGCCGGGAGCCCGGCUGCUACAAGGCCAAGUUCUGCGAGCCGGAGUGGUUUGUGGAUGAACUCUCAACAGCUGACGAGGUGGAGAAGCUGACUGCACUGAAGUUCCGCGGAGACCUGGCAUUCAAGCGCCAGGAUUAUCAGAAAGCAUUACGAGAAUACACCAGUAGCCUGGCUCUUGUUGCAGACACAAACAUAGCUCUCAGAAGAGACAUGCAGGAGGCUCAAGCUCGUUGUCUAAGUUAUCUUGGCAGAGGAAAAGAUGCCUUGGAUAUAGCACAAAAAUUGAGAUCUGUGGUAACGAACACCGAUCACCUCACCACGGUUCUUCAUCUCAAUGUUCAAAUUUAUCGGAAUGCUGGAAAUCUGACCCAGGAACUUUGCUGCUUACAACAGUUAAUUUCCUUGCACCCCCUCAACCCGUGGAACUGGAAGAAACUAGCUGAAGUUUAUCUAGGUCUCAAUCAAGCGUUAUCGUCUUUAACAGCACCAUCUGUCCCAGACUGCAAGGACAGGCACGGCUUCAAAACAUCACAGCUGUCAGCAAGAGAGACGGAAACCUGUAAAAUUGAACAAGGCAACGCACAGCAUCAAGAUGUGACCAAAAGAUCUCCCAUGUCUGUGGUUUGUGAACAGCAGUCGGUCUGUCCUGCAAGUGUGUCCACAGAGAAGAUUUCAGUUCUGAUGUUGGCAAGCUGUCAAAAGCAACCAUUUGAAUCAGGAAAUGUUCCAUUUUCCUAUUCAACUGUUGGUAAUAACAUUGAAAUCAAGUCCACAACUGGAGGAGACCUGAGGCAUUUUGCAUGUUCCUCCUUUGUCAGAACAAGGCUUCUGUUGCAGGUGAUGAAGUCUCAGCAGUCGUCAUUUGCUCUGGAGAGGAACCAGGCUAUGCAAGAAGAGAUCAGUCAGCAACUCAGCUGCCUAAAUAUAAGUGAAGAGGUGCUUGAUGCUCUAAACAAGGCAAUGGGGAAGGACCUUUUGUCAGACAGAAUCAAAAAUGGUGCUGAAACUGAAAAGUGUGCAGUUUUUCCCAAUUCAUCAGCUCUGGCCAACUUUACCAUUGAGUCAGGCUCGGACUUUGAGAAGAAAUGGUUUAAGAAGCCCGACUGCAGAUCGAUAUCACAGGCAUCAUAGGGCGGAGAGGAAAAAGAUCUUUGGAUAUUGCAAAUGUGGCUCCCAUCAUUGCUAAAGAGAGUGGAAAACAAUCUCUGUUUAUCAUGGACAAUUAAAGAACUAUGUUGCAGAGAGUACGUUGAGUGAACAGCAGAGCCAGAAAAGUAAAAUACAAAACAAAAACACACACCUGUGGUGGAUUGAUCAUGUGCUUCACAAUCUUGCUGAAGAACGGCCUCAUGCAAACGAGGCGAAAGAUAAAAACUGAUUUGUUCUUUACCUCAGCAGAGCACACUGAUAUACACUCUAUGCUCACUUGUGUCUCAUCAGUGAUACCGCUGCCACAUUCUGCAAUCACUAAUAUAACUCAGUGGCCAACAGUGUGAAUAGCAAUGUUCUUGUCCUGUGAUUUCAACUUUUAUAUUUAAGAUGCUCUGAAAUCUUGA